AUGGAGGUCACCGCCCAUUACCUUCAGGACCUGGCAUCUCAAGGGGUGGAUGUCUUAGAGUUCUCACUGGACUGGCUUCCAGAACAGCCACCCAAUUUCAUAAAGAGGAAAAAAGAGCCUUCUGAGAAAUCCAAGAAGUCUAAGACUCUGAAGCUGGGAGAGCCGUCUGCAGCCAGAUCGCCUGCGCCUCUGGACUCCUCCAUCCCAAGUAAGUCUCUACCAUUCGAAACUCCCUCUCAUUCAAAUUUAAAGCAAUUAUCUUCCUCACUACCUCAAACUUCUUCCACCUUUACCCCCUAUGAACCUACCAUAUCAUAUCCACAUACCUCUGAACAUCACAACUCUGAUCCUUCCUUAUUCCCUCCACGACAAAUCAACCUCACCACCACAACACUCCCCGCAUCUGACUUUUCACCUCUGAGUGAAUCCCUUUCAUCUCUCUCAUCAACUCCCUCUUCACCACCAUAUUAUGAUAUAUCCUUCGACUCUGAACAGCCAGCAAACCCUGACCCUUCAUCCCCAACACUGGCCCAACUACAAGCCAUUGCACUAUCUAACCAACCUCCACCUAUCCCAAAUACCUCUAUACCUUCUACCUUUGAACCUCAAAUAGAACCACUCUCCGAACCUCAUAGAGAACCACCCUCUGAACAACCAUCUGAACAACCAUCUGAACCUCCAACUAGACAACCCUCUGAACCUCCCACUAAAACCACCCACACUUCAACAGAACCCAUCAAUCCAUCUUCUAAACCUGAACCAACCUUCCCUACCUUGAAAGAUACAAUUGCUUUAUUUUCUGAAUCCUCAGUUGUGAAGCUCAGAUCACUGUCUGAACAGUCCAAUCUAAGUGAUAACCCCUCUGAAGUGAGGAAUCACUAG